AUGACAUUGCUUUCAUUGAGAAUGAAACGUGCCCGAUAUUGUUUACCAAUCAUUAACCCAAACAAAACAAUACGCUCAGUUCAAAUCGUUGAAUUGAUACACAACGAAAUCAUGGCACAAAUGUCUCACUUACCAGUCGAAAUAGUAGAGCAUAUUAUGACUUAUCUCUUUGACAUGGCCAAAUAUUCACCGCUUGAUGCCUCUAAUAGCGCAGAUACUCUGUUUUUAAAUCAAAAUUCUGUUACAUGCUUACUACGAUUACGAUUAUUAGGAAAGGUCUGGGCAAGUCUUAUUCCAAAAUUCGUGUUCAACGCCUUGGAACUGAGGUCUUCCCGAACACAUAGAUGCAUAAGUUUUGUAUUGGGAAGUAGUGUGAAACUAUCGAGCACGAUCCAUUUGAAACGCCUCUUUUUAAAUGGGAUCACGUAUCUACCUGAAAGCUGGUCUGGUUCCUACUUCAGCAAAAUCACAGACAACAAUUUGACGAAACCCGACUUCGAGCAUCAGGACUCUACCAAUAACUUGAUUCGAAUGAAAGAUGCAGCCAAUAUCAUCAGUUUGUGCGGAAGCACCUUAACCAAUCUCAAAAUUUGUUUCACGGACGCCGUUGGAUUCUUGAACAAUCUUGUAGAAGCAAUUAAGCGCGUAACAUCAUUGAAAGUUUUAAUCGUUGAAAGCCUGGCAAUAGUUCAUUUCUGUCAACGUCGCAAAAGUUCAAUCAAAUUGCUUGAGUAUCAACCAAAAGAUUAUGCGAACGACGAGACGCCUAUGCUUUUAGCGCUCCAGGAUACACUCGAAGCUAUCUCUGUUAUUAUGAUGCCGGACGACAUCCCACUUGAGCUCCGGAACAGUUCAUUCCCAAACUUGAGGAUCUUGAAGAACAUGUUCAUCAACCCACGCCAUGAUUACCCACGAUGGUUGGGAUGGGCCAUUUUCCGAGAAGUAGAAAUAUAUAUUACAUGUUAUUCUGAGACGGCACACUAUUGGCGCGACAAGUUUGAGCAGUAUGAUGGGCUAGAAUUCCCAAAAAAAUUGAGCCAAUUUAUCUUCUUGACUGAAGACAACCAUUCUGUGAACGAUGAGGCCUUGGCAGGAUUUCUGAACCGUCGACGUAUCAAGUGCCGUUUCGAAACCCAACUUAGCUAUUCUCAAAUUCUGAAAUCAAUUAAAGAACCCAGUGAUAAUUUGCUCACUGUAGAUUUCGGAGUUUUGGCGAUGAAUUCAAGCCGGCAACGAGCAAUGAAGGUAGAUGCAAAGUUCUGA